AUGUUCAAGUCGUUUCUGCUCGCAAUCAUCUUGACGGCAGCUACGACCAUCCCGAUCAAUGCUGUCACCUGCCCGGAUGGCGAGAACCAGAUGAGUGUUGAGGGUGUCGAAGGUAUCUUCUGCGUGGCCGGUGAUCCGUGCAUCGCCACCUUCAGCACUGGCGCCUGCCCUGCAGCUCAAGAAGGUCUCCCCUAUGGAUCUUACUGCGGCGUUGUCGCGUCCGGCGUCUACGGCUGCAAAACCUACACCAGCGCCGCGACGGAGAUUCCCACACCCGAUGUCACUACCGAAGCUCCCACUCCUGAGCCCACGACUGAGGAGCCUACGACGGAAGAGCCUACGACGGAAGAGCCUACGACUGAGGAGCCCACGACCGAGGAGCCCUUAACUGAUGAACCCACGACUGAGCCAACGAAGACUGCUCCUGUUCCGAUCACCCCGUACAGCAACUGCACAACGGAGGGUACUGAAGUGAGCGUGCAGGGUCUGGAGGGUGCCUACUGCGUUAAUGAGCCGGUCUGCGUGGAGCAGGUUUCCACGGGAAACUGUCCCGCUCCUCAGGACCGACUGCAGUUCGGUUCGUUCUGUGACCUGCUCCCGACGGGUGCCUACGGCUGCAGGCCGUACACGGCAGACAACGUGCCGACCACCGUGACGUACGAGGCCCCAUUGGACUGCUCUAACAACCCUGCUGGCGACACCCCUGUCAGUAUCGUGAGUUCCAACGAGGACUUCUGUGCUCCUAAGCCGGUAUGCUCAGGAACCAUCUUUGGCAACUGCCCCAAGAUGCAGGACGGACUGGCGCAGGACUCUGAGUGUAUGGUCGUUGAUACGGGCGUGUACGGCUGCGUGUUCAUGGCCAGCACCUAAGUGACAAGGUAGGUCGAACGAAGGAAAACUUUAAAUGAAUGAAAUGCAACGCUCGUAUGCUUCGGUUUAUCGUG